AUGCUCAAGCGCGCAAAUCACGCGGACGAUAGAGAAGUAGAGAGACAAAGAGGUGGUUGUCCAGCCCAGAAUGGCGCAGAGUCACGGAAGAAAAAGUUCACCCGUGAGGAUUACACAGUUGGAUGGGUUUGCCCUCUGGAGGUAGAGCUCAUUGCUGCGCUGGAAAUGCUGGAUGAGGAACACGAGCCGCUACCACAACCUCCCACAGACCACAAUCACUACCAUCUUGGUAGUGUCGCCGGUCACACAGUCGUCAUUGCUGGGUUAUGGCAAGCCGGAAACAGCCCGGCCACAGCAGUGGUGAUCCAGAUGCGAAUCACGGGAUAUAUUGAUGGUGACCCCGCCUUCUUAAGCUUGCAGCCUUUGUGGUCACAGCGUCCUUCAAUGCUUGGGAUUCAGCGAAGAAUGAGUAACGAUAAAGGCCUGUCCAGCCAAUUCGGACCACGAGAUCCCGCGUUCACCAGUGUUGUCAGCGCUUCCGACACUGCAUAA